AUGAAGAAUCAACAAAAAAGCCCUGAUCCAGAUGGUAGUAUUACUGUCAAUGAGGAAGGUUCAGUGGCCACUGCAGAGGACCCAGCAGCAAUUGCAGCCAUUCAGUCUGCCUCAACAUUCACAGAUCAACCCAUCAAAUACUUAUUUAAGACAGAAGGAGGAGGUGGACAGGUGACUUACAGAGUUAUUCAGGUGUCGGACGGACAAUUAGAAGGUCAGACAGAUGGAGCUGCAGCAGUGAGUCUGGUCACUGGUUUUCCUGCAACUACUCAGGCUGUCACGCAGGCUGUGUUCUCCCAGUCAGAAGGGCUCGAGGGAGAUAGCAGCACUGAGACACAGUACACGUACUAUCCUGCUACCAUUGCUGAUGCCACAACAGGAACCAUGGUGACCACAGUGCAAGCAUCUGACACGUUGCUCAGCCAGACCACACCCACAGGGCAACUCUAUGUGAUGAUGUCACCCCAGGAGGUUUUGACAGGAUCCAGUCAAAGGACAAUCGCACCUCGAACUCAACCAUACAUAGCAAAACAAGAGGCUCCUCGGGGUUCCAGGGAUGAGAAACGACGUGCGCAGCACAACGAAGUUGAACGCAGACGUCGGGACAAAAUCAAUAACUGGAUUGUGCAGCUGUCAAAGACAAUACCAGAUUGUAACAUAGAUUAUACCAAGACGGGACAGAGUAAGGGGGGGAUUUUGUCCAAAGCGUGUGACUACAUCAAGGAACUUCGACAGAGCAACCUUAAAUUGGGGGAAGAUCUCAGCACACUAGAUCGACUUAGGAUUGAUAAUCAGCUUCUCCGACAGGAGGUAGAAGACUGGAAAUCCAAGAAUCAGAUCCUGAGGAAUGUGUUACGUCAGCAUGGCAUUGUAGGAUCAUCAAGCACGGACCCACAGUGA